AUGUACAAACAAUACAAGCUUUCUCAAGACCUCCGGGUUCGCCGAGUUUCUAGCAGAGCACCUGCUUUUUCUACGAAAUCUCUGCAGAGUGGGAUCAAGGGUGUGACAAGAUUAGAAGAUUAUGUCGGAAAAUAUUUGAUCGCUAUAUUUUAUCCUUCAAACUUCCUGAAACUUUCAUCAGAAGAGCUAUUAAAUUUUAAUGGUUAUUUGUCAGACUUUCAAGAAAUCAAUUGUGAAAUUUUAGCGAUCUCCCCUGAUUCCCUAGAAUCUCAUAUCGCAUGGUAUUGCGCGCCAAUUCAGAAGAAUGGGCUUGAUGAAAAUGUCCACUUUCCAUUAUUGGAAGAUAAAAACAUGAGAAUCUGCAAAGCAUAUGGAGUUUCUAACGAGGAUAAUGGAAGUGCUUUAAUGAGCAUUUUUGUAAUCGAUACAAACGGACUGAUACGCGUUACUAUAUGUUUAGAUAAAGGGAUACACUUCUCUGUAAAGGAUAUACUACGAAUGGUGAAAGAGUUACAAAUGAAAGAUAAGGAAGAUGAGUCGGAUAUUUUAAAACACUCAGAAACAACAAUAACAACGCCGCUACUUGAUUAG